AUAGAUGUUUAAAUCCUCCCAAUUAAACAAAACAAAACCUUUCGAUCCUCACAUUCACACGCAAAAUCCGCCUCUUUUUUCUUCUGCAUCUUUCACUUCACUCAUUUGUUCUUCAAGUUACCAUACGCCAUGGCAGCUCCAAUCUCGUUGACUUCGCAUCCCUCGGAAUCCGUUCCAUCCCCAUUAUUCUACUCCUUCCCUCCUCCUCACCCACCUGGAUUCUCGCCUUUUAUCACAUUUCCCCUUUGCGUCUUCUUCAAAAAGGAUCAACCUUUGAUCACGUUCAUUCCGUGAUUCACCUUUACCACAAUUGAGGUAACCGCGGUUUUUUCAUUUCCCACAUAUGUUUAAUGAGGUUUUCUCAAUUUAUCUUCAUUUGGGUAUUCGUUAUUUUGUCCAAGUUUGCUUCUUUCUAGAUAAUCAAGCUUUGCAUACUGUGCAUAAACCGUUUAUGAUAUGUCUUCUGAUUUUAAGUUAGACAUUGCUACUGAUCAUGACUUUGAAGAGCCAGGGUUAGCGAAAACUAUAGGUUCAAACAUAUCACUAGAUGAAAAGGGUAAGACAGUGCACACAUCUUUCAACGGAAUUUACGAGCAAGGAAAGUUGUCGCCGAACAAGUAUGUAACAAAUGCAGAGCGAAGAGCUUUGUAUGAUAGAUAUCUGAAAGGAAAUAAAGCUACAACCGGUGAUAAUGGCAGUUUUAAUGUUGAUGAUGAGGAAAGGGAUCGAUUGCAUGGAUCUGCCAAGAAGUCUGUACCACUUAUCUCUGGAACUGCUUACUGUAUUUCCUCUUGCAGCAUGAUAAUGCUGAACAAAAUCGUUUUAUCAAGUUAUAAUUUCAAUGCUGGAAUAUCAUUGAUGUUUUAUCAAAACCUUAUCAGUACUCUGGUUGUCGUUCUAUUGGCUCUCUGUGGCAGAGUUUCAGUUGAAAAGCUCAAUUGGAGGUUGGUUAGGGUUUGGUUGCCGGUGAAUGUGAUAUUUAUUGCCAUGCUUGUCUCAGGCAUGUAUAGUUUGAAAUACAUAAACAUUGCAAUGGUGACAAUUCUCAAGAAUGUGACUAAUAUCUUAACUGCAAUUGGAGAGUUAUAUUUAUUCCGUAAGCGUCAGAGUUCCAAAGUAUGGACUGCAAUGUUUGUGAUGAUUAUCUCUGCUGUCAGUGGAGGUGUUACAGAUCUCUCAUUUGAUGCAGCCGGUUAUGCCUGGCAGAUUAUGAAUUGUUUUCUUACUGCAAGUUAUUCGCUUACCCUCAGGUGGGUUAUGGACGAAGCGAAAAAGUCAACAAAAUCUGGUUCUCUUAAUGAAGUCUCAAUGGUGUUACUCAACAAUUUAUUGUCUUUACCUUUUGCCAUCAUCAUGAUAUUCCUUUUCGGCGAGUGGGAUUAUGUAAUACACGCCGACGUAGUUAAACUGCCGGAGUUUUGGAUUGUCGCAACAGCUAGUGGACUGAUCGGACUUUCCAUCAGUUUCACCUCGAUGUGGUUUUUACAUCAAACUAGCCCUACAACAUACAGUCUUGUAGGUUCCUUAAACAAGAUUCCAAUCUCUAUUGCUGGCAUUUUAGUGUUCAAAGUUCCUCUGAGUGUAUCAAAUUUAUUCAGCAUUUUAUUUGGUCUCUUUGCUGGUAUAUUAUUUGCAAGAGCCAAGAUGUCUUAAACCAUUGAAGUUUGAGAAUCAAUACAUGAAAGAUAAUUAUAUAGGUUUUUGUUUGCACAAUGCAACUGAUUUGAAAUCGCGGAAUAAUAAGUAUAGGAUACAACUACAAGGGAAGUACUAACUAUAAAGUUUUACUUUUCAUAUAGUAGUGGAAAUUGGAAGCAGAGUUGCUAAGUUCCUGGUAAAGAAUACCAACAUAUUUUGUCCAAGUUAUAUGUUUAUUAUAUAUUUUGUUAUUUAUUGUUAUAUUUCAAUAACACACAGGAAUUAGAACGCUAAAUAUAGUUUUUCUUUUAUGCAUUCUCUAAAAUUAUCAGACAAAAUUCAAUUGCCAGAUGACUUGUAUAUGCAAAUAUGUAGAAAAGUAUUUUACUAUAUUUUAAAGUUAUAACUUAAAAUAGGAGGAUAAAGUAGCUUAAAUAGAAAUAAAUUUAAGGGUUAAUAGAUAUUUUAUCUCCUGUCCUGUCGCAAAAUGCAUGAAAAUUUUACCACCAAGAGAGAUUGAACUCUUCCAAAUGUGUAGGAGGAUCCUUGCCAUGAAGCCAAGCUUUCUGGUUUAUUAUAAACUAGAAACCCGAUCUUAAUGUAUAUAUUACGUUAUUAUUAAAAAUUAUCUAUCACCAA